CCGCCGGCGCCUCCCCGCGCCCGCCCGCCUCCUCCCUCCCUCAGUCCCUGCGGCUCCCCCGGCUUUCGGGGCCCGGGGGUGGCCUGUGGCGCGCGGCAGCCGCGCUGGACUGCGCCUCUUGGACCUUGAGGGGAAACAUGCGUUUGGCGUGGAUCGUUUUGAAUUCUUAGUUUGGGGUCCCCGCCCGCCUGGCUCUUGCGCCCCGUGUGUUUUCCGUAUUUUUUCUUUUUCCUUUUUCCUGAUUUCCUUUUCUUCCUCUCGGUCUCCUUUUUGACUCCCUCCCCCUUUAUGCUAGCCCAGCUCUACCCCGGCUGCUGAGAAGUGGGGGAGGGUCUCGGUCUCCAGGUUCCCGCCCCAUCGGGGCCCGGGCGAGCAUGGGUGGCAAGCAGAGCACGGCGACCCGCUCCCGGGGCCCCUUCCCGGGGGUCUCCACCGAUGACAGCGCCGUGCCCCCGCCCGGAGGGGCGCCCCACUUUGGGCACUACCGGACCGGCAGCGGGGCCAUGGGGCUGCGUAGCCGCUCGGUCAGCUCAGUGGCGGGCAUGGGCAUGGACCCCAGCACGGCCAGCGGAGUGCCCUUUGGCCUCUACACCCCCGCCUCCCGGGGGACUGGCGACUCGGAGAGGGCGCCCGGCGGCGGAGGGUCUGCGUCCGACUCCACCUAUGCCCACGGUAAUGGUUACCAGGAGACGGGCGGCGGUCACCAUAGAGACGGGAUGCUGUACCUGGGCUCCCGAGCCUCGCUGGCGGAUGCUCUACCUCUGCACAUCGCACCCAGGUGGUUCAGCUCGCACAGUGGUUUCAAGUGCCCCAUUUGCUCCAAGUCUGUGGCUUCCGAUGAGAUGGAAAUGCACUUUAUAAUGUGUCUGAGCAAACCUCGCCUCUCCUACAAUGAUGACGUGCUGACUAAAGAUGCGGGUGAGUGUGUGAUCUGCCUGGAGGAACUGCUUCAGGGGGACACGAUAGCCAGACUGCCCUGCCUGUGCAUCUAUCACAAAAGCUGCAUAGACUCGUGGUUUGAAGUGAACAGAUCUUGUCCAGAACACCCUGCGGACUGACCCUGCCGGGCUUGCUUGCUGAAUCCUCUCAAGGGACACACGGCCCCUGCUCUGCGAGAGGCUCAUGGGACACUGGGGCAGAGCUGAGCUUGGGACACCAGUGGGCACGGGCCACUCCUCCUGCACUGACUUGGACAGCGGUUCUCCCUCCUCCCUGAGGACACCAAAUCGCAAGAGAAGAGCGAAUCGACUGCUUUCCUUCCCCUCCCCCCUCAGCCCAGGAGGGAAAGGGCAUUUUCUUUUUCACCUUUGAAAGGCAUUGUGGGUCUGUCUUUAAAGUGUUUACAAAAAAAAAAAAUUAUAUAAAAAAAAAAGUCUAGUGUCGACUGGUGUUUUCCCUCGUGAUGUUUACAGAUUGCUGUUUGCUGCCCAGCCAUAACCCACUCGGUGACAACCGGACAUAGCCACAGCCUCGCCACUAGCGCUCUGACGGCAGGUGGGCACACACAGUCUCAUCCUUUGCCCAGCGCCCGGGUUAGCUCUCUGCAUCUCCACCCUCCCUACUUUGGUUUUUUUUUGUUGUUGUUGUUGUUGUUAUUGUUUUGUUUUCUACUUUUUGCCCAUUUUUCUGGCUGGGUUUUGCACUUUCUUCCCUUCGAGACCCUGACUGAUACCUUGAUUUCUUUGCCAAAACACACAGAUGCCCGUCCAGGGCGCUCUCCCACUUCCCAUCCCAUGUCUUACUCUUUU